AUGAGUCAGCCUGUGGACUUGAUGUAUGGAAGCCUUGCUGUGGAGAGCUCUGUCUUGCUGGAGUGUGGGAGGGGAGAUAAGGCUGUCCUACAAGACACUGUAUCACAUCCAUUGCUUCUUGUUAUACCAGUACUAAGAGACUUGGAUGAAAAAAAGCUUGUGGAGGGACUGUGUGAGGUGGAAGAGAACCUGGUGGUGGUGAGGGAGCGCCUGGCAUCUGUCAAGAACAAGGUGCUGGUGCUGUCUGGCAAGGGAGGCUUGGGCAAGUCCACUGUGAGUGCCAUGCUGGGCCUUACCUUGGCCUUCGAUGACUCCAAGGAGGUGGGGUUCCUUGACAUUGACAUCUGUGGGCCGUCUCAGCCGCGGGUGUUGGGGACAGCAGAGGAGAAGGUCCACUCUUCAGGUGUUGGCUGGUGCCCUGUGGUAGGUGGCAACUUCCAGGUUCCUAUUAUGUGUCUGACAAUCUGGCUGUCAUGUCCGUUGGGUUCCUGCUCAACAGUGCAGACGACACUGUCAUCUGGAAGGGACCCAAGAAAGAUGGAAGUGGCUCUGCUGGAUGUGAGGAAGGAAAUCACAUUCUGCAGGAAAGUGAACAUUCCCAUCAUUGGCCUGGUGGAGAACAUGACCACCUUUGUGUGCCCCAAGUGUAAGACCAAGACGGCCGUCUUCCCUGCCACUACUGGAUGUGACCCCCAGCUGGCAGAGGAUACUGAGAUGCCACUGCUUGGCCAGCUGCCGCUGGACCCCCGGGUGGCCCAGGCGUGUGAUGAAGGCACCAACAUUCCGACACAAGAGCCAGGUGCUGCUGUCACUCAGGCAUACAAAGACAUUGCAAACAAAAUCAAGGAGUACUGUGACGCACAGUCCCAAGAAGCCACUUGACCUGCAGCGGUAGCAGCAGCAGCAGCAGCAGUCAUCACCACACUAACCAACACAUUCUACAGAAAAGUCUUGUUAUUCAUGCAGAGGUUUAUUUUACAUUUACUUCUUAAAUCCAUAUUAUUAACAUCA